AUAUAUACAUAUAGUGUAUUUGGAUUUGAGUAUUCAGGUUGGGCCUACAUAAUCACAAUUUAUCUGCCAAAAUUGGUAUUUAUUUAGUUUCGGGUGAUUCGGAGACAAUCCUCAGAUUUUAUCCCCAUGUUCCAGGAUAUUUCAGAAAUGCUCAAGCCUUUCUUUGUGCUGUAAGCAAAGCAGACAAUGGAUCUAGGGAAAGGGAGAACGGGAGGGAAUUUUUGUGUGACCAAUGGGUUACCUGAUGUAUUUUUAAUGCACAUGAAUGAUUGAUCGCUGUCCGUGGACACAUGCUCCCCCAAGGGCUGGCUGCAGUCUGGUGAUGUCGGUGUAGAUAUGAGUGUGAUGAGGGGAUCUUCUGGACUGAGCACGAACACUGUGGAGUUAAAGCAUCAGUGGGCAAUGCAGAGAAAUUGUACUCCGGUCCAGACAUGCUUGCUCUCCAGUUCUGUGCACCCACUUCCUGGCUCAUGCAACAGAGAUGAUUUCAGACUUCCGUCGCUGUCCAGAUCAACACAUGGUCGGACCACCGCAGUGCCUCUCAGUAUCAGUGAGCCCUGCUUGUUCACCCCAGGCCCGAGAGCAGUUUUCGAGGGGUUUUCAAAAAACCACCAUCCCCUUCAACACCAACCUGGCCCAUCUCUCUCCUGCAAGACCCUUGAGAAACCAAAGAAACACAUCUCUCAGCCUCUGAAGCCUGUACCAAAGGUUGGACAGGCCUUUACUCACAGUCAGCAGCGCGCCACAGAGAACAGAGGCCUGCAGUCGUUAAUGAGGCAGCGCAGGCAGCCCAUAAACCUACAGACUUUAUCUGUUAGAGGAAAGACUUGCCUUCCCACACAGCAUUUACCCACAUCUUCAUCUAGUGCAUCUCGCACACAGCUGCACGUGUUCCUGCCUGCAGAGGGUGCAGGACAGGAAGAAGACCAGGACAGCGAGUCUGUUGAUGAGGGUUUCAUGGAUGAGCUGGAUAACAGAGUCACCAACCUGAGACUUCAACAAGAUCCAAAGACCCCAAGACAGAUCAAAAUAUCCCUGACAGGUCAAAUGGUCAAAUUAACUUCCUAGUGUCCUGCUUUUAAUUGUAGCAUUUCAUAUUUUCAUGUGUGUUCUAUGCUAACACCUAUAACUACAUAAAUGACAAGUUCAGUAUUUACCAUUUUGAAGACUAGUUUAAAUAUUUGCUCUCAAGCAAUUUAUGUAAAUCAUAAUUUAUGUAAUAACAAUAAAUCAAAAUUAUGAAUAAAGGUGUGUUCUAAUGUUUAAAAGGAAGGAAAUGUUCCUGACAUUACAAAACGUAAACUGUUAAUAUAAAGGCACUUAAAAGUAUUUGUAUGGAAAACUAUCUGUUAGUUAGUUAGUUAUUAUUUUAUUUUUAUUUGUCUUUAUGAUUUUAAGUGUGCUGCCUUAAUGAUUUACUGCUCGUUUUGUUUAAUAAUAAAAAGACAGUAUAAAAGACUAACCUUUCACUCGUUCUUUUGUCACGUGACGUGACUGCAUUGGAUAGAGAAAUUAAUUUACUAACUUCUUUACAAACAGGCGCAUAGUCAUUAUUAUUAUAAUUAUUAUGUACUCUU